CUACAAGAUUUUGCCAUGGAUUUUCUGUAGCAAGUGCCCCUUUUCUGUUAUUAUUUAUUUACUUAUUUAAUUACCAGAAUAUUCCAGUUAUGCAGACGAUCUUAGUUAGAAAGGGUCUCGAAAGACUUUCUUAGGUGGAUCAGUUGCUUGUUUUGACACCACAUUUAGUCUAUAUAAUAAUAAUUCUUAUUAUUUUUAAGAUGUUUCCUAUUACACGACCUCCUAAGCCCUCCAAAUCCUAGCAAGACUUUAUAAAGUCCAUGUCAGCUGACUCUACUAAACUGACUUCUACCCCAUGACCUUCUACUACCAAUAAAUGAAUCACUUAAGCUGAAACUUUAGUAGCCCACCCCUGUGCACUGGGUUUAUUCUUAAUCAGUGUAACUCACUGCAUGCAGCCUACUUCAAAAUGUUAUAGACUCUAACAUACAUGCAAUAAGAGACACGUUUUGCUACUACCUCGAAUUAACUUUCUGGGACUCAUAUUCCCAAGGCAGUUUCUGAUAUAAUACAGAUUUGAGCCACACCAUCUCUCCAUAGAGACAUCUGUGACUGACCUGAGCCUGACAUACCAGUGUAAAUGCCUUCAACUCCUUAACUGCACGCAGAAGCCUUUUCCUGUAAUGAGAAUCCUCUUCCUGGAUAUCUGAAGUCCUUUUUUUUUUUAAGAUAGAAAGGAAAAGAAAAAUCAGAACUAUCUUUGAUGGAUUCCAUCCUUAGUAGCAAAUGUUGAUCAGCUAUUUCUGAAUGACCGCCAGCGAGUAGACCAUGACAGUAGAGAUUGAGUUGUUUGGGCCACUGUGCUUUUCUGCCUGAUCAUCAGCCAGAUAAGUGUGCAUAGAUACAGGUGUAACGUACAUGUUUUGGGGUUUGUGGCCCUGUGUUAUGGUUUGGGAUUCUAAAUAGCACUGAAACAACUGACAUUGUGGGAAUGUGCUAAUACUGAUCCAUGUGCUAUUCCACACCCCUCGCCCCCAUCAUCUUUCUUAUUUUGCUCUUUCUGCUAUCCUGAAAGAAAAGGCAUAAAAGAAAGGUAUCUACACUGUUUGCCAUUUUAUUCACCGUGGUGCGUAACUCUGCUAUUUUGUCACGCUCUCCAAAGCCCUGAGGCUUGACUUACACAUGAUGGGCAGACAGAUUACAGUGAAUGUUAAUGAGGGUUAUUUAGCUGUCUCCACCACUUCCCCUAACACAGACAACAGGAUACUCUGGUCAGUGUGCCACACGCUUUUAAUCUCUUCUCUUUUUUUUGGGUGGGCAGAUCCAAGACUGGACAGAAUGGAAGUGAAGGUUUUUGUGGAUGGUAUCCCACGGGUGGUAUGUGGAGUAACAAGGGAAACGACAUGCCAAGAAGUGGUCCUAGUGCUGGCUCAAGCAUUGGGUCAACCCGGGCGUUACACGUUACGGGAGAAAUUUAAAGACUUUGAGCGGUGCAUGACACCCGAGGAACGUCUUCUGGAGACCCUGGAGAGGUACGGUGAGCAGUCCAAGGAGGUCCAGCUCAGUCUAUUCCACAGAGGAGCAUCUGUUUUGGAUGAAAUGGGCAAAGCAAAAGUAGGACGAUAUCAACCCUGUCCGCCAUUAAGGAAGAAAGAUGUAGGUUCCAGAAUGAGGAGGAGUAGUGGCUCCCUGAGCCUGCAUCGCCAAAGCUUGCCAAUGUUAUCCUGCUUAAGGGAAGAAGGUGAGAAGAAGCAAGAAGACCUGAAAAGGCCAAAAAGAAAGUCUCUGACACUCAUGGAGGAGGCCUGGGACUGGCUGGAAAGUCUGGGGAAAGGAAAGGUCUAUAGCACUGCCCAUGAUAAGGAAAGCAGUAAGUUGGAUAAAAGGAACCGCAUCUCUUUGGAUUUCUCACUCACUGUGGAAAAAGAUAACUCUGGUAGCAUUAGCAGAGGCAAAGGGAAAGGUCAAAAAGCUUUGAAGUCAGAACUGGACCAUCAAACCUCCUGCUGCAUAGGUAAUCAGACAAGGGGUAAAGAAAGCAAACACUCUAAAAAAACAAAUGAGGCAAAAUCCAACCUGUGUGGUUCAACUGCUGCCAGGACCGUGGAGGAGAAAAAUACUCUCAGAGAAACCAUAAUAUGUCAGCUCAAGUCCUUGCAGGACCUACAGGCCCAGAUAACACGUAUAGACAGGCAGAUUUUUGACCUUGAGGAACGUCAAAGGGCCAGAAUCGCUGAACAGGAAGCACAAGAGAUGAUAGUGGAAGAAGAGAUGGAGCAGAUCAGGUUUUGGGAAAACGAGUUACAAUCAGAGGAAGGUUACGAGAAGGAUUUGCAGUAUCAGUUCCUCGAGAUGAGAGCGAAGGCCGUGGAGUGCAAGACUAAACUGGAGGAGUACAAGUGUAAAAUGCUUGAUUUUUUCAGAGGUGCCGCUCAAGAAGAUUCUGAGACUGCUUCAAAACUCAACUCAAAUUGUGCCAGUGAAAUUCACGCCGUCUCGGCCCAGGAUGACAAUCUGGAGCAAUCCAGUGCAGAUGGGAGUGUAAAUGUCAACAGGAAGUUCUUGCCCAGAGAAGACACCAGCCAUCCUCGCGCUCUAGUUCAUCCAAACCAAAUAAAGGAGCGACGGCCCACUGGACCCACUGAGCUAAGGGAGUGGUGGACACGCUGGUCAGAAGCCCAUAGAUCUCAAUCGCAGACUCAGAAGGUGAUUCACCGUUCUGAGCUCACUAUAUAUUUGAGCAGCACCAAGGUUUAGAAUCAAUGUCCUGGCGUUAAAAGACAAUGAUCCUUCACACUUUCCAUUCCAAAUUUAUUACCAGUGCUUACUGCAUGUUCUGGGCUGGGAUAAAGCCCUUCAGCAAGUAUUGAACUUUAAUUGUUCCUCAGCUUAUUUACCUUCAGUGGGUCCAAAAUAAUUAAACAGAUCAUUAAAAACUAUUGUAAGAGAAAGGAGGAGCUGAAAUUAAAAAGGAAGAGACCAGUUUAGUUUUAUUUCACAUUUGACUUCCUCUGUAUUUUAGCACAUCUGAAGUGUUUUUCAUACUUAAACCUGCUCUGGUGCACCAAUGAAUAAUUAUACUGACUUCAUAAUAUUCAAGCAAGCCAAACUGAAGACUGAUUUGACAUGUAGGACUAGACUGAAAGCUUUCUCUAUGAAUUUAUCCUCACCAUCAGCUGUCAGUGUACCCACACUGAUUGACAAUGCUGCUUUUGUUGCAACUGCUGUUUAACACCAGAAUGCACAUACCUUGUUGCUUCUUGCCCUCAAGACAGUCUUAAUAUUGUAGUUGGACUGUCCUACCAGCAUCUUAAAAUCUAUACAGACACAACAUUUACAGACUCAAAUUUUGUGAAAAACAUGGUUUUGUGGAUCUUUGGUCAUUCUUACUGGCAGAUAUGGAAAAUUGCAGUGAUCAAUUUAUUUUCCACUCACUACAGGGAACGUAGCACCACAAAUACAUCGAUGUCUUAUUUCUCUCUCAUUUGUAGCUGUGUUGGUGUGACAUCUUGACCAUUUUUUUCCCCCUCACAUUUAAACCUGACUUCCCUCUUCAUCAAAUGCAACCAUUCUGAGAUUUUACAGACAUCACCAGGCUACAACAGCUGAUAGUGGAAUCAAAGACAACACUGAAUAUAAAACAUGUUUUAUCAAAUGUAGUUUUAUUAACUGAUUACUUAUGCAUGUCUUUCUCACAACUAGCCAAUGUCAGACAAACUGCUCUAUAUAAUAAAAUGAACUUCACAAGCAUUUAUUUUGCUUUCAAGUUGUUUUAUUCAGUCUCAAAGAACACCUACAGGCUUCCUCUGAAAAGAAAACAGAACAGCUCGUGAAUUUCAUAAAAUUUUAAUUCAAUUGUCUCAUUCAAGAACAUUAACAAAAGUACAUGAGAACCUCUGUACGCGGUUCAACUGAAACCCGGUGAUCUCCAGAGAAAUUAAUUUUGACUGUAACUUAAUGUGCAGAGGCACAACAGCUCAUCUCCAGAGUGCACAAGCUGAUCUCCUGAUUUCUAAUGUA